CCGCCCAGGGGCGGCCUAGCCCCGCGGCCCGGUGCCAGGUGAGGCGAGCGAGUGGCAUCGCGGGGCUGGCUGCAGGGCAGGUGUGGCCGCGUGCAGUUGCGACGCCUCGUUCGGGACGGCCCCGGCCAGGCAGGGGGCGCGGGGCGGCGCGUGCGGGGAGCGGCGGGCGCUGCCGAGGAGGCGGUGGAGGCGGUGCUGCGGGGGCCUCUGUGGGGGCGCUGAACGCGGGGCUGGCAGCCGGCGGCGAUUCGCGGCGAGUUUCUUCUGCGUACCGUAGCUACAAGUGCGGGGCGGCGUGCAAGUGCCAGCUUCUAGAACUUUUGAAUCCUCUUGGGAAACAUGAAAAGGAAGAACUACUUUUUAGAUAACUUUCGGGACAGUUGACACGUUCCAAGGAAAAGCUGAUUUUUUUUUUUUCUGCAAAGUUUAUAAGAAUCUUUAUUCUCUGUGGUUUUAAAUAAAUAUAAAAUGAAAACAGGUUAAAAUUUAGCCUUCAAAAUGAAUGUUGAGAAGUCAGAUGACAAAACAAAGAAUGGCUUGAAGUCUUCCUUACUUAGAAGGGAUGAAAAUGGAAAUAACUAUGCAUGUGACACAGCUACGCCCUCAGCAAAGAGCUGUGCCACCAAGAUGCAUGGCAAUUCAACUGACCAAAAUAUGACUGAUCAUGAAGGUGGUACUGCUCUUGAAAAUAAGAGUGACUUAAGAAAUGUUCUUUUAAAACGUAAACGGAUUGAAAGACAUCUACAGAAGGUACCUGAGAAGUACAAUUGCACAGGAGCUCCGUUGGGAGAUGCAGAUGCUGCAUGCAAGUGUUCCACGGCUGAACAAAUUUGUGUGUGUUCUCUAAGCUGUGAUCUGAAAGACACAACAAACUUACUGAAAGGUAGCGUUGCUAUGGCAGAAAUGCAAAAUCAGAGCAUCCAACAAUUUGUGCCUUACAGUCAGGCUGACGCUAAGCAUGUUUUACCUCUUCCUGCUUCAGAGCAGAAGACACAGUCCCUGAUAACUGACAGGACAUGCUGCCACUUGAGCACAUUGGAUGCUGCUGAUGUUACAGGUGAAACUCUGGGAACUGAUCAAAAGUAUGACGUAUGUCUGAGGAAAAUGCCAAUUUCUUCUGAAAUAUGUAUGAGAGAGAAACUUGAUAGAACCAGCUCAGAAAGGCCUAAUUUCUCCUCUAAGACUGUGGCUUCAGAAGGCCCAGAUAGCUGUUCAGAACUUGAAGUAUGUUGUCUUGCCUCUGCAGGUGUUGAACACUGUCUAAAAAAUGCUAACAAGGCUGAUAAAGAACCACAGGAAGCAGAAGCAGUGUGUUUAAAAGUAGCUACUGAAUGUCUAGAUCCUUAUAGGCCUGAUGCACUAUUGCCAUGCUUUGAUAUUCAUGAAGAUGACCAAGUUAAAUCCUUGCAGGAUAACCUUGGCCAUGAAGAAGCUGGGAAUGUUAAUGCUGAAGCAUGCAUGGAUAGUCCUUUAAUUAAUGUGCACCUUCUCUCAGUAGAUAAAAUGGAUGGAGAACAAGUAUCAAAGGAAACCAGUGAACCCUUAACCAAAGAACAACACAUCUCUGGAAAUGCUGCUCUUCAGGAUCUGCACACCUCCUCUCAUGUGUCUUGCAGUGCACCAAAAUUAAAGAGGACUGUUGUGCCUGACCUGAAAUGUGAAGCAACUUUUGUGGUCUUCAGUCCUAAGGCUCAUGGAGGUGAUUUUGCUCCAAGUACUUCAACCCCUAAAGAACAAUCAAAAUUUACUGAUUUUUCUGUUUCAUCUUUGGCAGAACUGGGAGAAAAGUCUCAUAAACUGAACCAAAACAAGACCUCUGUAACAGAGCAUAAUGGAAGACCUGUGCGUAAGGCUAGUUUGGGUCAAACUGCUGGAAAACCAGUGGGCAGGUCUGCUGUUGUGUCAACAGUAACCAAAGCCAGAAAAUUGGAGAUUGUUACUUUUCCCAAACCUAAUUUCAAAAACGUUAAGCCAAAGGUUAUGUCUAGACCUGUGCUGCAGACCAGGAACAGUGUAGCAUUAAAACAGUCUCCCCCAUCCUCCCAGCUAUCAGCUGUAUCCUCACGCUCACCAGUUGCUUCCCCAAAGCAAUUGUCCCCCUCCAUAAAAGUGCUGAAAAAGAAAACAGAUCCAGCUAAAGAUAGUAAAGUGGAAUUGCCUGUGAAUAAGCCCCAGAAGCUACAUCUUAACAAACACCUCUUGACUAGCCAGGUUGUACACGCCACAACACAUCCCAGAAACGCUUCCCACAAGGCUUCAAAGACGCCUGCAUUAAAUCAGAAUCCGGAAGACAUUGGCAAAGCAAGCUCAACCCAUUCAUCAUGUUCUUCAGUUUCUGCUGCACUUCCAACUUGUGUAGGGAACUCAACAGAGAUGCUAGAUGAUAAAAUGGAAAGUUCAAACUCUUUAAUGCAGCCCUCUGCUCAAAACGUUUGCCCGACUGGAAGUGAAAAAGAACAAAGCAACCUGGCAAUUCUGGAAGCCACCUUGAUAAAAGACGUGGCAAAUGAAACUUUUGACCUGCAUUCUGUUCCUUCGAUGCCUUCUGUGAAAGCUUGGACAACACAAGGAAAAAGCUCACCAAAGAAAGGUCUAAUCACACUACAGAGUGUAUCAGCUUCUAAGGUGAAAACAAUGCCAUCUGCAUUGCCCUUGAAGAGAGGAUGUGACCCUAAAACUAUCAGCACGCCCAAAGCACCUUCUCACAAAGGAGCUGUUUCAUCAUCAAGCUCUGGAUCUUCAGCAAGAGAGAAGCAUGCCUCCAUGAAAACUUCUGCAACCUCCUGUGCUAACUUCAGUAAACCACUCGCCAAAUCCCAAGUGCCUAUUAAAAGAUCAGUGUUUGAGAGAACACCUAGCAUCUCAUCAGUCAGCAGUACUCAGAGUGAACGAAGUCUUUUCAGCAGUAACUCUGCAGGUGCCACCAUCAUCAAGAACGGAGCAUGUCCUUCAAAACCAACCUGCCAGAAUGGUACUUCAGAAUCCAUCCCUCUGAAAGCAGUACCAAGAUCUAGAUUACUUUCACUGAAGUCAACUCCAAAAGGAGCCAAGGCCAGGGCCACUUCACAGAACCAGUGCACACCAAAAGCAGCUGGGCCACUGCUCUCUGCAAGGAAAGUCAGUGACACUAGAGGUAGCCCUAGAAGAAAUAGACAGCAAAGCCUGUCUUGUUUGAGUUCUGUUGACAAGGGCAAGCCACGGAGUCCCAAGAGCUCAUGCAUACAGACUCGAGCUUCCACAGAUGGGCAUUCAGCUGUCACAAAGACAGCCGAGCUGACGCAGUACAAAACAAAAUGUGAGAGCCAAAGUGGAAUCAUCCUGCAGCUGAAAAAAUUCCUGACGUGCAGCAACCAGAAAUUUGAAGCUUUAACAGUUGUGAUCCAGCACCUGCAGUCCAAGAGGGAGGAAGCACUGAAACAGCAGAAGGAGUUAUCUCAGGAACUAGUUAACCUUCGAGGAGAACUAGUAACCACUUCUGCAGCUUGUGAGAAAUUGGAGAGAGACAGGAAUGAACUGCAAGUUGCUUAUGAAGGGUAUUUGCAGAAGCUAAACCAGAAACAUGACAAUGAUUUAGCUGAGCUGGAAGAGAGACUUAAACAGUUCUACACUGCAGAAUGUGAGAAACUCCAAAGUAUUUGCAUUGAAGAAGCUGAAAAGUACAAAGCGCAACUCCAGGAGCAGGUCGACAACUUAAAUAUCACACAUGAAAACCUGAAGGUGGAACUUGAAAACAGCCACUCAGAAAAAGUAGAGGAGCUGAAAAGGGAGUACGAAUCCUCUUUUUCAGAGCUCAAGAGUGCCCAUGAAUCUGAAAGGAAGCUGCUUGAAGAUUCCUUUAAAGAGAAGCAGGAAUUGCUGGAGAAAAAAAUCGAUGAAUUAAAAUGUGAAAACGACUCCCUGAGUGAGAAGUUGAAAUUAGAAGAGCAAAAACAAAUAGCCAAAGAAAAAGCCAAUCUCAAAAAUCCACAGAUUAUGUACCUGGAACAGGAGCUGGAAAGUUUGAAAGCGGUGCUGGAAAUCAAGAAUGAGAAGCUCCAUCAGCAGGAUAUCAAGUUAAUGAAGAUGGAAAAACUGCUGGAGACAAACACAAUCUUAAUGGAUAAAUUAAAGAAGGUUCAGCAAGAAAAUGAAGAAUUAAAAGCUCGGAUGGACAAACACAUGGAGCUUUCAAGGCAACUUUCCACAGAGCAAGCCGUUUUGCAGGAGUCACUGGAGAAGGAAUCCAAAGUGAACAAACGCCUGUCUAUGGAAAACGAAGAACUUCUGUGGAAGUUGCACAAUGGUGACCUAUGCAGCCCCAGAAAACUGUCUCCCAGUUCUUCAUCUGUGCCUCUUCAGUCCCCGCGAAAUUCUGGUAACUUCUCUAGUCCCACGGUAUCACCGAGAUGACAUCUCUUGAGAGGAGGAGGGGACUGCAUUUCAUUUCUGAUCUGCAGAACUGCUCCUAACUUUAAUCACCAGAGCAAGAGCUAUAUUAGCCAACUGAACAUAACUGGAACUCUUUGGUGCAAAAAUGGCGCUAAAAGACUGAGACUAUGGGAGGAAGACAGCUGCGUUGCUCCUUCCGAAAGGACUUGCUGAUGACCUCUACGGACGUUGUUGCACAAAGCACUUACAGAGCAAGGAAAGACUUGUUCGUUGCCUUUUCACCGAACUAUAUGACAAAGCUCAGGGGCUUAGAGAUAGAAGACCACAACCUUUAUAAUAUGUUCCUCAUCACCGACACUUUUUUUAAGGCCAUGUGUAUGUGCGCGUGUGUGUGCUGUGGAUGGAAUGGAUGUAACACACUCUGCGUGUGUCCAAAUGCUGCCUUCUUUGCUGUGUAUGUAAUAAAGGAUAAAGCUGAAGACUAUACAGUGACAUCUACUUCCUUAAUCACAUGGUCAGCAUGCAUACUUUUAGCACAGAGUACCCUCACCCAGGAAUGAGGAGAAACUGUCACUAGUAGUGUAGCUUAGUUUCCUUUGUCUUUCUGGCUUCGGUAAAGUAAACCAAAAAAAGGCAUGAAAAAUUUUAUCAACUGAUGGAUUAGUGUCUUGGACAACCAAGUACACAACUUUAAAUUUAAAAAAACAACUGAAUUUUCAGCAAUAUGUUGCAUGGGUUCUUGGUUUAAUAGCCAUGCACAACUCUGCCAUUUGUGAGGAGACUUUUUUUGCAAGAUACAGUGAAAUUUGGCUUUCAAGUCGACAGGGUCAUAGUGAGAACAACACUAGAUUGGUAAGUGUGAGCCGAGUUGCAGGUUUAGAAGCCUACAUCUAUCAUCUUACCUACUGGAAAGGAAUCACUCCCCAAAACAGCAUCUCCAUCUGCUGAGGAUAAACUCAAUGCAGCCAUUGUCAUUAGGUGCAUUCUUAACUCAGUUCUCAAAAAGAAUCUUAAGUGAUUUGUGAAUUCCAGCAUAUCUGGUGACACGCUUUGCAUUUUUAAGCAUGAAUGUUUGUACUACCCUUCUUCAGAGUGGCUGAACUCACCUGAGGAAAAAGGGGAAGGUGGUAGAGCUGUGCAUUUAUCUUGCUAUUUCUGCCAUACUUUCUCUCUUAGACUGCAGGAUAUCAGUGUUUUGCCAGUUCGAUUGGCUAAAGAUUGUGUACAAGAUUCUGCAGAACAGAGAAAACAAAAACUGUCCUGGGUGCUGGAACUGGAGGCUGAGGGUGUCAGUGAUUCUGCAAAUGGCAUAUGCUGAGCUUCAGCUUCAACGAGGUAAAUGUGUAGCCUUGCCAGCCCCUUAGUCAGACCUGUUUAUGAUGUCUACAUUGUACCUACUAAACACAAGUUCAGCUUCAAGGUAGCACUACAAAACGCUGUGCUUACAACAGCCUAGGUUUUGCAGUACCACUUCCAGGACCAUUGUUAUGCUGCUGUUUAGCUAGGGCUGUUUGCUCGCUGGACUGGUAACUGUUACUGUCAAUUGUCUGUGAGCUUUCCUGUUUUUCAGUAGCUUGGGGACAGUAAUCAAAGGAAUGGAAAAUGUUUAGGAAACUUAACUGGAGAACCACUUCAAGCCAUUUUAUGCAAGACCUGAGAAAUCUUGGCUAGUAAUGAGGAACAGAAAUAGUGCUCAAGCAGUAAGUAAACUUGUACUAUACUUAACCUUGUGAUUGACCAUUUUGUCAUUAAAGUCACUUAAUAUUCCAAGUUCAAGUUAAAGGUGCCAUUUCUAUAGAACAUUAUGCUCUCUUUUAAUCCUAUGUAGGGCACUGUACCUACACCGCUUGUUAGUGGUGCCCAGUACUUAAAAUGUUUUCUACGGCUUUCCAAUUUAACUAUGAAAAUCCUCUGUGGGCUACAACUUCAAGUAUACCCUGGAACAUUCUUAUUUUCUAUGGUCAAAGAGAUUUGCUCACAUGUAAGCUGAAUGCUUAUACAAUAAAUUUUUUUUUAACUGA